GGCUAGGAGAGUCACGUGAGGGUGGGCGGUGGAGGUGGAGCCUGGUCUCGCCUGUUUCUUCGUCUCUAUGGUUUUCAGAGGUGGGCGGCUUUGACGGAGAAGCAGCUGGAGCUCCAGCGUGGACGGGAUGUUUCGUCUUAACUCUAUUUCUGCAUUGGCAGAGCUGGCAGUGGGCUCUCGAUGGUACCAUAGAGCAUCACAGCCCACCCAGAUCAGGCGACGGCUGAUGAUGGUGGCUUUUCUUGGAGCAUCUGCAGUAACUGCAAGUACUGGUCUCUUGUGGAAGAGGGCCCUUGCAGAAUCUCCACCAUCUGUAAACAACCUAAAGAGUGAACUUGGUGAUAAAGGGAAGAGUAAAGAUGAAGGGGAAGAUUGUAACCACGAAAAAAAGGCUUCAGGUGUUUGUCUUGAGCCUUAUCCAGAAGAGAAAAAGAAGAAACGUUCUGGAUUCAGAGACAGAAAAGUGAUGGAAUAUGAGAAUAGGAUUCGCGCAUAUUCCACACCAGACAAAAUCUUCCGGUAUUUUGCCACCUUGAAAGUAAUCAGUGAGCAUGGUGAAUCUGAAGUGUUUAUGACACCACAAGAUUUUGUGCGAUCCAUAACACCCAAUGAAAAACAACCAGAACACUUGGGUCUGGAUCAAUAUACAAUAAAACGCUUUGAUGGAAAGAAAAUUGCCCAGGAACGAGAAAAAUUUGCUGAUGAAGGCAGUAUAUUUUACACCCUUGGAGAAUGUGGACUCAUAUCCUUUUCAGACUACAUUUUCCUUACGACUGUUCUUUCUACUCCUCAGAGAAAUUUUGAAAUUGCCUUCAAGAUGUUUGACUUGAAUGGAGAUGGAGAAGUAGACAUGGAGGAGUUUGAACAGGUUCAGAGCAUCAUUCGCUCCCAAACCAGCAUGGGAAUGCGUCACAGAGAUCGUUCUACAACUGGUAACACCCUCAAGUCUGGCUUGUGUUCAGCCCUCACAACCUACUUUUUUGGAGCUGAUCUCAAGGGGAAGCUGACAAUCAAAAACUUCCUUGAAUUUCAGCGUAAACUUCAGCACGAUGUUCUGAAGCUGGAAUUUGAACGCCAUGACCCUGUGGAUGGGAGAAUCACCGAGAGGCAGUUUGGUGGCAUGCUGCUGGCCUACAGUGGGGUGCAGUCCAAGAAGUUGACUGCCAUGCAGAAGCAGCUCAAGAAGCACUUCAAAGAGGGAAAGGGUCUGACAUUUCCAGAAGUGGAGAACUUUUUUACUUUCCUAAAGAACAUUAAUGAUGUAGACACUGCAUUGAGCUUUUACCAUAUGGCUGGGGCAUCUCUUGAUAAAGUGACCAUGCAGCAGGUGGCCAGGACAGUGGCUAAAGUGGAGCUCUCAGAUCACGUGUGUGAUGUCGUGUUUGCGCUCUUUGACUGUGAUGGUGAGUGGGGCCGUCUGGAGUCCGCGGAAAAACCAAGCCUUACUGCCCUUGAAGUGGACACUUUUAUGAUGGAGCCUUGCAGCCAGCUCCAGGGCAACGGAGAGCUGAGCAAUAAGGAAUUUGUUUCUAUUAUGAAGCAACGGCUGAUGAGAGGCCUGGAGAAGCCCAAAGACAUGGGCUUCACCCGCCUCAUGCAGGCCAUGUGGAAAUGUGCACAGGAAACUGCCUGGGACUUCGCUUUGCCCAAACAGUAACCCAGAACUGCAUGAGGAGCCGCGCCUCCAGGCCAGGCACCCUGGCCCCUUGGGCAGAGCCUUGGCACAGUCCUCCCUGCUGCUGCUUCCGGAAGAAGUGCUCCCCUCCUCCUGGGAAUGAUCUCAGGACUCAUCAAGUUUCCCCUCUCCCAGUGUUCCGCUAGGCCCUGGUUCUAAACCAGUGAUUCUCCCUAGAGGUCCUCAAAAACAUGAGCAGGUCCUAAAAGCGCAGACCUUUGGCACGUUCGACAGUACUACCUAUUCAAGCACCCUACAGACAAAGAAUGCAGGAACCAUCCAUGUACCUGCCAACCCUGGGAAACACCCAUUUCUUGAGUCAUCUUGGUGUGGAUUUAUAUUAACAAGAACAUACCUUGCUUCUCCUCCUGCUGGUGUUUUUUAAGCUACAAAUUGGGAAAACCUCUGGCAGAAAAAGGAAAUCAGUGAUGAAUGAUAACGAGGAUGACCCAGGCACCCUGAGCUGGUGGGAAGCCUGGGCCAGAGGAAGGAUCUGUGUCAGUCCCCAGGGUGGCUCUGAGGCGAUGUGCCCAGUGGGAAUGGAGCGAGAUUAGGAAUUUAAAGUAGCUGCUGCAUGGCUCUCUCCACUCCCUUCUUUUCCUCUCAGGCUCCCUAAGAAGACUCCAGCACGACUGUGCUUAUUAAAUGAGCAGCAGUGAUUAAGCUCAUGGCCCCUGCGAGUGCCAUUUCCCCUCCAGGCGUGUGCCUCUGAAGCUGAGUCCUGGCUCAGAGCCUGUCUGCCCUGUCUUAAACACUUGUAAAAUAGCACUUUAAUUAUAACGGUUUGCAGUAAAGCCCCACCACCACCACCAAAGGCUCUUGUCUCCUUUAUUUUAGGGUCCUCUGGGGCCCUUUUCAUUUCACUUCUCCACUGGCUUUGAGAUUCUAGCAGCAGACCUGUUUUCUUUCCACCAGAGCCUGGUCCUUCCUGUUGAGAAGGCACUUCAGCAAGGUUUGGAUAGCAUUUCAUCCUGGACCAAGGCUACCAGGUCCAAUGUAGUCCUUGAUUACUCAUGCCCCACGAGAAGGAACUAAGACAGGGUGGUAGGGGAUAUGAGACAUCAUCUGGUAUGGUGGACCUAAGUGUUAAGAACCAUAGCAACUGGGAAUUCCCUGGCGGUCCAGUGGUUAGGACUCUACAUUCUCACUGCUGAGGGCCCGGGUUCAGUCCCUGGUCAGGGAACUAAAAUCCCACAAGCCACGCAGCACGGCCAAAAAAAAGAAAAAAGAAAAGAACCAUAGCAACCAGUGUUUUAUGUGGAUUCAACUCUGCCACCACCUCAGUGUGACCUUGAGCAAGCAAGCAAUUUCCCAUCUGUUUUCUCAACUAUAAAAUGACAGAUAGGGUUGAGCUUAAUGGGCUUAGAGGUUUCUUCCAGGUCCAGAAACCUCUCCUUCAGCUCUUCUCCAGAAUUCCUACAACCUCCAGAACCUCCAGGUAGUGCUCCUUGGCAGGAUAGGGUCUCGCAUCCAGUGUAAUAGCACCACCACACCAAAAACCCAGUGCUUCCUGCGAGGCCUAGAAGUUGGUAGGGAGUGUUUAUCAGGCAGAGAAGAGCAGAGACAUAGGUCUGCACCUGUGGCUCUACAAGGACAGUACCAACCCCAGCAUUUUCUCCAGAGCAAUUUAAUAACCUCACUUCUAACAUCCUUUCUGGGAGCAGAUUAGAUUAUCUCUCAAAGGAGUUUGCCACUCAUGCACCUCAUCUAUCUUCCACUGUUUCCUUUCUUGUGGUAUGUAUUCCUGGCACCCUAGUGUAGCCUUUGCCUUGCUCAUUGCCCCAGCGUUGAGGCAUCAGCAAAAUGUGAGCUUUUUCUUAAAUUUGUCCCAUAAUCCCCAAAUCACUCUUUUCCCCAAUCCUCAUUUCUCCAGCCUGAAAGAGAAGUCCCUUUCACAGCCUCUGUGGGGCAUUCACUCCCUCACCAGAAGAGACCUGCCAACUGGCCUGGGUUCACCGAAGCUGAAUGCCAAAUCAUAGCAGGAAAGGAUAAGGAUCUCACCUGCAACAUCUUGAAAGCCAGGGUCAAGAGCACCUAUGACAAGUACAUGGAAUUCCAGCUGAACUCCAUUAGCUCCUAGGAGAGCCUGAGGAAGCAGAGGCGGUCCAGGUGCUCAAGAAGACAGGACGGCCACACUUUGGCACAACAGGGCAAAUGUGCAGGUGAAAGGUACAAGCUAAGUCACCCAGAAGAGGCCAGGAUGCCCCAAGGAAGUCCCUGAUCAAGGAAGCAUGUGAGCUCCCUGGUGGUGUAGUGGCUAGGAUUCGGCACUUUCACCAAGGAAGCAUGUGAGUAGGCUGAGGGGACUUUAGUAGGCAGAGUUUGGGGGUAAGGCUGGGAGCAUUUGGGAAUACAGAAGGCUGAUACGUGCUUCUCUUUUUAUUCCCAUUGUUUCUUCUACCUAGACAGAAUAAGCUUCCCCUCUGCCUUCAAGAUUCAGAUCAAACUGUCCCUUCCUUAAUCCUCUUCCAGACAAGAUUAGCGGCCCCUCCUUUGCCCCCCAAGGAUCGCUUGCCCAACCAUAACAACGCUGCUGUAAUUUGAUGUAAUUUUUGUGAGAUUGUCACCCACAAAGUUCAGACCCAAAGCAGUGACAUAAUCAAAGAAAGAGUCCACCACCAAAAGCAAAUUUAAAAAUAUUUCUCGGACGAGGUAAAAGUGAUACUAGCAGUGCCUCAAUAAAUUCCUCCUGAGACAGGCUGGGACCUGGGCCCUUUACUGCAGUGCUUGCACCUGGACACACAUCUCCUCGAGCAACAGAAUACAAAGAAACUAAUGGAAUUAAAAAUAACUGCAUGCAUGCCGCAAUCCGGGCAAUUAUGAGCAAUAAGAUAAAAGGCCACAAACCGACUGCCACUUAGGUGCUGGGAGCAAAAGCAGGGUACUGUGCAUGAUCCCUGCACACGGCACCACCAAGGGGGUGGGCAGAGCACCUAAGCCACUCCUCCGGCCCCAUCUGCAGAUCUGCCUCCGUCCUCACCCCACUGAAGGAACCAGCCUGCCCUCCACGGACAGCGAGCAAGGGCACCUGUUACUUGUUCUCGCUCCCUCGUGCUGCAGCACAAGUCCCAGUAAAGCCUUGCCUGAAUUCCUCAUCUG